CUAAUUGACCAUCAAGCUAAGAAGCACGGAAACUCCAACCAAGUUGGGUGUCUUUUCGGAAACGUUUCGGAAACGGAAAACGGGAAACUGUCGGAAACUCUCGAAAUCUCAUAAGGAAACGUUAAUUAGACUUGUUGCGACGUAAUUGGCUCAGUUCCCAGGCGAGCGCGCGAACAGAAAGGGAUUUGGAGGGGUACUUUCAUCAAGCAGUUGGCGUGCAUCAGUAAAACUAUGAAGACUAAGAAAGCUACAGUCUUAACACUCGCUCAGAGAUGCAAGAAUAUACUGGCUUCCAAUUGGCAAGCUCAGCUCAAUACUAUCAAAGCUGAUGCUAAAGGAAGCAAGCAGGACAUAUACACUUCAAAAGUUAAGUAUAUACUCAAGAAGGGUAGACCCUAUAUCUGGGUACCUGAAAAGGAUUUGCAUAAUGUGAAUACGUUCAUUGAUGAACGUGGUUCAUUGGCUGUUACAAGUCCAUUUCCGGGGACCCUGGCAAAUUUACUCAGGUCAAUGAAGAAGUUUCCAGCACGGAUUGCAUUAACUGGGGAUGUCAUCCCUCUUAAAGAAGAAAAGACUCAAUUAGCGACAGAAAGUGUCAGAGAAGUGAUAUUGUCUGAGCAAAGAAUGAUGAAAGAGUUCAGCUAUACAGUUUCCGGUGUAUUAAGUUCUUCUAAUCUUAUAACUACUUCAAGAAGCGAAAAUCUCAAGGAGAUAAUGGAUGGAGAUCAAAGAUACUGUGUUUACAGGUUCAAUGUAAGUUCAUGGAUGUUUAUUGAUGGCCAAGGUCAAAGCCAAGAAGUGGAUAUGGAAGAUAUGGAGAUAGCUAAAGCGGAUCCUUUAGCACUUUUCUCUGCCAAGCUAAUCGAUGGCAUUAAUCAGAGUGAAGCAAGGCGUAGAGCCCUGAUUCUUUUUUGUCUUGUAUACAUGAAUGCUAAUACAAGAGAUGCAUGCCUUUUGUCUGUUGAUAGCAAGGGAUUUGAUGUGUUGGGGAAGGUCCCUAGUUCAGUCACCACCGAUGAAUACCAGUGGAAGGAAUUCAGGUUUACAUUAAAGGAAGAAGCACGCGAUGUUGAAACUUUUUGUCGUCAACUCGUAGAAAUGGAGGAAGAAGCUGUUAAAAAGGUUACAAGCAACAGUGGUUUAGCAUGAAAUGGCAGGGAAUGCAAGGCUGUUGUGUUGGUUUCAAAAUGCAGCAAUGUAACAUGAAAGCAUAUAAUUCCGGAGGAAGGAAUUUGUUUACAAUCAAAACUAGCAAUGUCUGCCGGAAUUUAUUAGCAAUUCUUUUCAAUGUUUUCAAAUCAAAGAAUCAUCAAGCAAAAGAAAGUUGCAAGUUUUAUCAAAUGAAAAAAAAAAAUUAGAUGUAAUCAUUUUAUGUAAUCAAAAGGAGUAUGCUUCUGAGUUUUUGAUAA